AUGAAGCUGAAGGAAAUGAAUCUCGUUGAGCUGAUCCACUCAUCCAACGGAAAGUUUUAUUUGACACAUCAGAAACUGCGAUCGGAAGUGUUCGAUGCCCUGGUUAACGCGGGCGGGCGAAGUACGAUCGGCGAUCUGGCGGACGAAGUAGGUGUCAACUACGAUCACGUGGAAGAGGCGCUCGCUGCAAUCAAGGAAGAGAAAAAGCUCAUUUUCUAUCUUGGAAACUUCAUCACUCAAGAAUAUCUCGACUUUAUUGCUGGUGAGGUCUUCGCAAUGACGAACGUUUCUGGCUUCGUUUCCAUCGCGAAAGUGAGCCAGGAAUUCGAUCUUUCUGGCGAGUUCUUGAUUGAGCAUGUUCCCAGUCGAUGCGCAGCCAUGAUCAAUAACCAGAAAACAGGAUUCUACACGGAAGCUUAUAUUCGGCGAACAUCAGUUACUGUUAGAGCGUACUUGUCUGCUGCAACGAAGCCGUUGCACAUGAAGCAUUUUUAUGCGAAGUACAAGUUCAUUGACGAAACUAUUGUUGACAAAAUCGUCGAUGACUUGAUCAAAACUAAGCGUAUAAAAGGAAAAUAUCUGAACCGAGGCCACAUCGCUUGCUUCUUCCCAUCGAUUUAUCUCGAAGAACAAACCAAAGCCAUCAAGAUGAAGAUAGAGUCCUACGGCUACAUCAAACUCGAUGAGCUAAAACACGGAAUAGACACUACCAGUGACAAAGAAGCAAAUCGUUGGAUGAAGGAGAACUUUCCAGACUUCAUUAAAACAGACACUCAUUUCAUGUCUCUUGGUUUUAUCGAAAGAACCAAGACCGAGCUUGAGCAGAAUAUUCAACAAACGCAUUUGGUCGAUCUUUUCAGCAUCUUUCCAGAAGCUUUUAGCGAAAAAGAUGUUGAGUACGUCCUUCGAAGUGCUUCCAGCUCCUCUUCUCUCAUCAACGAUGCGAAGAUUUUCGGCUCAACGUGGAUGAUGGACGAUCAGGCGCUAGAAGAAUGCGCGGCGAUGUUCUAUCCGGCUGUAGACGAACGGGCGGAAAAAGCUGCUUCCAAAAAGAUCGUCACGAUCAUCACUGAAGAUGAUUUUGUCAAAGUCGACAAGAAAUCCCCAUCGAUAGCGAAGGCAGAAGUUUCUUCGGGAAAAGAAAAAGGCGGAGCUGCAGGCGGCCGAGGCGCAAGAGAAGUGAAGACCAAAGGGAAGAAUAAGAAACAGAAGAAAAAGGAAGCCCAGGAAAGCAUCGUCCAAAAGAAAGAGGGUGAUACGGGAGCACUGACGGAGGAUGAGAUCAAAGAGUUCCUUCAAAAGGAAGAAAAGUACGAAAUCAUGGAAGAAGAAGCGCUUCAAGAUCUAAUCGACAUCAUUUCCCCCAAACUCGCCGAGCGAUACCAAACCCAGGCUGCAAACAUCUUCACUUCCAAGCAGCAAGCGCAGAAUGACGCGAAAGGCCAGCGAAAAAAGACUCGAAAAGAGCAAGAAGAAUACAUCAACAAUUGCUUCUGCAAACUACAGCUCUUCGAAAAAGGCCUGGUUCAUCUCUUCAAAGAAGUCGACGAAGGUGCAACUGAUCAAACCGGGCCAACUCAGCUCUCGAAAUAUCUCUUCAAGACAGUCGGUAUGGACCUGGUCAAUGCCGUCUUUGCGUUAUCUUCCGAUAGCCAGGAGACCACCCUGACUCCUGCUAUGCGACAAAAGAUCCUGAAAAGCGUAGAAGAUGCAGAUAGAGUCGACCCAGCUGCGUUUGAAUCGCUCAAGGCACUUAAUGAUGCUAAAACUGUCCAAGAAAUUUUUGCUAAAGUCGCAGAUGCAUGUGACUACGGAGCGGGAAUGAUGAUCAAGGCAGGCAAUAAGCGACAGGAAACGGUGAAGAAGGCGCAUGUCGAAGACAUGAGAAAGGCUCUUGAGACAGCUCCAGACCUACCGACUACUCUUCAUCUGGCCGUAUCGUUGAUGCACGCUCAAUCGUCAGCUUUCCUCAUUCAUUUCUCCGGCAAGUUCGUUCCUCUCAUCACUGAACAAAUGGCUGCGUUACUCCAGAAAGAACAAGUCGAGGUGAUAAACGAAGCACAAGAAAUCGUUGUCAAGAAUCUCCGUGGCGAAGAAAUCGACACUACUCCGUUUAUCGAGAAGCUGAAGAGUUUUGACUACACAACUGAUGCUAAUUGA